UCUGUUCUGAGUUCUGGCUCUCCCUCUCAGUAAGCUCAGGCAGCUCAAAGUGUUGAGGGAGGAAUCUGAUAUACAAAGAAAUUCUGCUGUUUCUUGAAAACUGCACUGAGAUUUGGGUUUUGAUUUGGGAUUUGUGUGUUGGGAUAACAAAGUUGAUGACCAUGGAUCCGCGUCUGAGGAGUUUCUAUGAUUCUUUAAAUGGAGUUCAAUUAAGCAACCGACCCUUUUCCAUUCUUUCACAUCAGAACAUUGUGCCUCAAUCCCCAUUUAGUAGUCAUCCUUUCUUAGGUAGCGAUUACAGGGAGUUCAGCUACCCUAAACCCGAUCUAACCCCGAAUGAUUCGUCUGUCUCAAGUUUGAGUCAUGAGGAGGAAGAUUGUGACUUUUCAGAUGAAGUCUUGAAAUACAUUAAUCAGAUGCUAAUGGAAGAAGACAUGGAGGAUAAGACUUGCAUGCUUCGGCUCUAUGAUGUCCUUGGAAAGAAAUAUCCCCCUUCCCCUGAGGUCAACCAUGAAUUUUCCAUUCCAUAUGGUGAGAUCCCAGAUGAAGGUUUUUGUGGAAAUGGCAGCAACCAUAUUACUUCUAGUAGUAGUAACAGUGAUUUCUCUGGGACUGGCAGCAACUAUAUUACUAGUAGUAGUAUUAGUGGAAGCUAUCUCAGUGAUGGCUCCUUGAUUCAAAGUCCAGGGGGAUACAUGUCUCAAUUUCAAGGUCUUCCACCAUAUAACAUAUCCCAUUCAUCAUAUGGCUCUCCAACUAGGGUCAGUAGUCUGGAUGCGCUAGUAGACUCUCCUAGUAGCACUCUUCGGGUCCUUGAUUUCAUUACUGAGAGUCAAUCUGUUUGGCAGUUCAAUAAGGGGGUCCAAGAGGCUAGUAGGUUUCUUCCUGGUGAGGCUAAUUUGGUUGUUGAUCUUGAUGCGUAUUGGUUGUCAGCUCAAGCUUCAAAGGCUGGGACCAAAAAGGAAGUUGUCAAAGUGGAGAAGAAGGACGAAGGGGAGUUUUCUCCUGGUGGGUCAAGGGGGAGGAAGAAAUCACAUAGGGAAGAUGAUGAGGAUGCCGAAGAAAAUAGGAGUAGCAAGCAAGCGGCAGUUUCUACUGAAUCUACUCUGCGAUCGGAGAUGAUUGAUAAGAUUUUGCUUUGUAGCUUAGGGGAGGGCAAAGAGCACCUAAUAUCUAAACGUGAGGAGCUGCAGAAUGGAAUGAUCAAAAGUGUGCCACAGACUGAGAAAUCCAAAGGAUCAAAUGGAGGAAAAGGUCGCGGUAAGAAACAAAUUGGCAACAAAAAGGAUGUUGUGGACUUGAGAAGUCUCCUUAUAACCGUCGCACAGGCAGUUGCAGCUGAUGAUCACAGGACCGCAAAUGAGCUGCUAAAGAAGGUGAGGUUGCAUUCUUCACCUUUUGGCGAUGGGACUCAAAGACUGGCUCAUUGCUUUGCUGAUGGUCUUGAGGCUCGCUUGGCUGGUACUGGUAGCCAGAUUUAUAAAGGCUUUGUUAGCAAAAGAACACCUGCUGCUGAUGUCCUGAAAGCUUACCAUCUUUUCCUUGCUGCAUGCCCAUUUAAGAAGAUUUCUAAUUUCGUCUCAAACAAGACCAUAAUGAAUUUAUCUCAAAGUUCGACAAGAGUCCAUGUCAUAGAUUUUGGUAUCCAUUAUGGUUUCCAAUGGCCUACCCUUAUUCAGAGGAUUGCAUUGAGGGAGGGUGGACCCCCAAGACUUCGGAUUACUGGAAUUGAACUUCCCCAACCAGGAUUCCGGCCAGCUGAAGGAAUAGAGGAAACAGGACGUCGCUUGGCCGCUUAUGCUGAGACGUUCAAUGUGCCAUUUGAGUACAAUGCUAUUUCAAAGAAAUGGGAAAACAUUACACUUGAGGAACUCAAACUUGAGAUGGAUGAGGUUCUUGUUGUGAACUGUUUGUAUCGGGGUAAGAACUUGCUUGAUGAAAGUGUGGCUGUGGACAGUGCUCGAAAUAGGGUUCUGAAACUGAUAAGGAGAAUAAAUCCAGACCUAUUCAUCCAUGGAGUUAUUAAUGGAGCAUACAAUGCCCCCUUCUUUGUCACCAGGUUUCGAGAGGCUUUAUUCCAUUUUUCCUCAAUGUUUGACAUGCUUGAAACUGUUGUACCCCGUGAGGAUCGGGAGAGGAUGUUGAUUGAGAAAGAGAUAAUCGGCAGGGAGGCUUUGAACGUCAUAGCUUGUGAGGGAUGGGAAAGAGUGGAAAGGCCAGAAUCUUACAAGCAGUGGCAGGUGCGCAACUUGAGGGCUGGUUUUGUGCAAAUACCUUUCGACAGAGAACUUGUGAAGCUUGCAGCUGAGAAAGUGAAAUCUAGUUACCAUAAGGAUUUUGUUAUUGAUGAAGAUGGGCGCUGGCUGUUGCAGGGAUGGAAGGGACGGACCAUAUUUGCUAUUUCUGCUUGGAAGCCUUCUUAGGGAGCUUGAAAGUAAUAUUAUUAGUGCUUGUAAUCAGCUUUUUAGCUUUUUAAUGGGAUACCUAGUUGAGUCGAGGCAGUUGUGUUAAUCGGUUUGUGCUCUUCAUAAUCCGAUCGCUUCAUUGAUAAUUUGGCAGGUACAUGUGGUAGCUGGUUUCCAUAGUUUGAUUUUGAUUAUUGUAACAACAUAGUCACAAGUUGACAUACAACACUCUUCAGUCUUUUACUAGUUGCAGUAGUGAUGUUCAUAUACUCCACCAUAGGAGUGUUCUGAUUUCAGCUACAUC